GUAGAAUAUUCCCUUCCUUCCAAGGCACACACAUCAGGCUCCCUUUAUGUCAACAGCUAAUCCAUUUAUUUCUUUCACAUUCUAUUGCGCUCCCGCAAGCAUCACUAGUCUCUUGGUUAGCGUGGGAUAUACGAGUAGGCUAUCGUGCAUCGAUUAAAGCCAGGGACCCAAGUUUAGCCGGCGAGCUGUAGGCACCGUGAAAUCGCCUGCGAGUGUUGCAAUUCACGCACCCUCGCGACACAAAACCUGUUUUUUUCCCAACCAACUGUAAAACACUUGCCCCAGGUUCUAGAAACUUGGGUCCCUGGCGAGCUGUUGGGGCCGAUUUUAGGUCAGGGACGAAUUCUUUUACGCGACCUUUUUUCAACGACGAUUUUAUUACGACGCGGCUGAUUAACUCGGCUGAUUCAGCUGCGGAAUGUCCGGGCAACUCACGUUACAUGGAGCUUUCUCUCAGAAGAGGUCGCGGGUAUCGGUGGACGCACCGAACCUUCGAGAAAGCAACCCUUCCCUCUUCUCUCUCCUCCACGCCGUUUCUCAUCCCCCUCGCUGCGCAACCUCACAGCCAUCUGAGACUUGCACCAAGCCAGCGAAGGAGCAGCAUCAGGAAGUUUUGAAGCAGCAGUCUAACAUCUUAGCAGAUGCGUCUCGACAUAGUCACACUCCAUUGAUGCACAGCGAGUGUGCAGCUCGUGACAGCAACAGGACAGCACGCCCAAGCAACAAAGCACCAACCGUUUCAACAGUGAGGGCAGUGCGACAGAGGGCUCAGACCACUCUUGGCGACAAGCGCGAGUGUGCAGUUCGUGCCAGCAUUGGUGCAGCACAACCAAGCAGCAGCGGUGCAGCACAACCAAGCAGCAGGGAUGCAGCACAACCGAGCAGCAGCGGUGCAGCAGCCUUCUUAAAUGACGAUGCUAGGAGGAGCCAUGACAGUGAUUCCAUAGACAUGGUUGCUGACAAGGAUUUGUUUCGUGCGAGAAAUGUGACUUGUGACAGGAAUGUGAGGAAUCCGGCCAGUGCCAGUGCCAGUGCCAGUGCCAGCGCCAGCGCCAGUGCUCGUGCUAGUGCGGGUGCCAGGAGCCAUAGCAGCGUGCGUCCUCCCCAGCGGUCCUCCCGAGUGCUUGUGCUUAGUGAAAAUGAAGGAGUUGGCGGAGGGGAUGUCACGAGUGGAGGAAGAGUAGGGACUGGUGGGGGAAGGGUAGGGGAUGAUACAGCAGGCGAGCAGCGGAGGGGAAGCAAAAGGAAACAACGAGUGUUGACUAGCAGCCAAGGACCGUGCUCCACAAAACGUCCCCAUUUCAACCACUAUGCGGACGGCAUGGGAUGGUGGGAAGAUUCGGCUGUGGGCUUAGAUGUGGAGGAGGUUGGAAUGAAUGGAACCACAUGGGAGGGGCAUGGCUUCUUGUUUCAUGAACCUGCGGAUGGAUUUUGAGGCAACAGUGGCUCGUGUACAGUGGUUUUAAGUGGACUUAGUGGCAGAUGCGGACAGCAUGGGAUGGUGGGAAGACUCGGCUGUGGUUUUAGACGUGGAGGAGGUUGGCAUGAGUGGAACUACGUGGGAGACACAUGGCUACUUGUUUCAUACCGUGAUUCUACUGCUUUUCGGAGUGUGUCAAACGAGCACACUGUUCUACUCAAUUCAUGUGCUCUAUUAUGUACACUGCAUGAUUGGUUAAACAAUAA